AUGACAGAGACUCCAGCAUGGAAACGAUUCAGUGACAUGCAGAUGCAGCGUUCUCGUGGAAUGCUUUUACCACGAGCAGUGAAUGCUGUUCAAGAUAUUGUUAGAGGAAUAAGACAAGCGGGAAGAGUUGUUGUUACCACAAAAGACGGCGCGUUACGUGGCAGAUAUUUGCAAUAUAAAACAGGAACUGCAGGCGGAUAUUAUAGUUUUCAGGGUAUGAGGUAUGGAAAGGCUCCAAUUGGAGAUAGAAGAUUUAAAGCUCCACUACCAGAAGUUCCUUGGAAAGGAAUUAGAUCGGCAUUAAGAGAAGGUGCUAGUUGUCCUCAUCGAAAUAUGAUUCUAGAGAACUAUAAGGGAAAUGAAGAUUGUCUUUAUUUAAAUGUUUACACUCCAAAACUUCCCGAAUCUUUCUUAGAUGAAGAUCCUAAACUUCCUGUACUCUUCUGGAUUCACGGUGGUGGUUUUCAGUUCGGAAAUGGAAAUGCUUUUUUCUAUGGACCUGAUUACCUUAUCCAAGAGGAUAUAAUAUUAGUAACAAUCAACUAUCGACUAGGUGCUUUAGGUUUUUUAAACAUUGGAACUCCAGAUGCACCUGGAAACGCUGGUUUAAAAGAUCAGGUUUUAGCUCUUAAAUGGGUUCAUGAUAAUAUUGAUGUCUUCGGAGGUGAUCCGAAUGAAAUUACUAUUGGUGGUCAGUCAGCAGGAUCUGCUUCAGUUAAUCCUCAACAAAUAGUUGAUGCGUCUUCAAAAACGUUAACAGAAGAAGAUGCCAAAAAUAAUGUUGGACUUGCUUUUGUACCGUCAAUGGAAAUGGAAAUGGAUUCAUUGGGAGAACAUGACGCUGCCUUUUUAACUGAAGAUCCAAGAAAAAUCUUGACAGAAGGAAAAUUCAAUAAAGUUCCACUUCUUAUAGGCUAUAAUGCUAAUGAAGCUAUGCUGUUCUUAAGACGAUUUCGAAAAGAUAAAACUCUCUUGGAUAAAUAUGAAAAUGAUUUCAAUCGCUUAAUUCCAACAGAUUUAAACGUAACUCAAGGGCGGAAUUCGAGCGAAGCUAAUUUGGUUGCAGACAGAAUACGUGAUUUCUAUUUAGGAGGUCGUCCAAUCAGCCAAGAUACAAUUGAAGAAAUGAUAUUUCUUUUAACUGAUGAGAUGUUUGUCAGAGGUAUGACAAAUGCUGUUAAAUUUCAUGCAAAAUUUACACCAAAUGCUACAUUCGUUUAUCGAUUUGCUUAUGACGGUGCUUUGGGUCUUUAUAAAAGAAUUUUAAAUGUAAACCGUCCGGGAAUUUGUCAUGGUGAUGAAUUAGGAUACCUUUUCUAUUUCGGAAUCUUUAAUGUUAAACUCGAUCCCUUAUCGUCAGAAAUAAUAACAAAGCAGCGGAUGGUAAAAAUGUGGACUAACUUUGUAAAAUAUGGAGAUCCAACACCACUUGGCAAUGGAGAUGAAUCUCUUUCCAUCAAAUGGGAACCAGUAAAAACUAUGCAACCCUACCAAAUUCCUUACCUAGACAUAACUAACAAGUUGGAAAUGAAAAGAAAUCCAGAAACUGAGCGAAUGGAAUUUUGGGACGAUUUAUACGAGCAAUACAACGGUGAUUUUAUGUACCUAACAGAGAUUGUAAAAAAUAAAAUCAAGAAUUCAUAGAAAAGAAAUUUCGGCCACAUAAGAAAAAGCAGAAGCAUGUAUAUAACAAUUAAUUCCUACGAGACGAGAUGAAUGUAACCAUAUGUAAGUGUCACGAGCUAUUACAAAAACAAUUUGAAUGUUAAGUUUUCACAGAUAUAAAUCU